GCUGCCCAGAGAGGCUGAAUCAUCUGCCCAAGGUCACACCGCCCGCUACUGGCAGAGCCGGGUUUCAAGCCCGAGCAGUCGGGUUGAGUCCUCGCCGGGCAUUGCUGCUCCAAGCCCUGAGGAACACGCCGUGUGGGCUCCUGGAUGUGAUCUGUCUACCCUGCCCGCGCCAGCGGGGUGCUGAGUUCCCAUUUCACAAGUGGGGAAAGGGGGUCCCCGAGAUGCUCGCCUGCACGGAAGAGGGAGCUUAGCUGAGGCCCACGUUUCACUCGCAAAGCCUUCUCCCCCUCUCCCCCAUUUCUGCCCGCGACCCCAGCUCCUCCCCAGCCAUACUCAUCCGCCCGCCCGCAGGGAGAGACAGGACACCCCCAGCACCCCAGCGUGGAGGACACCUAGGAUACUGAGUGAGGGGGUCACCUCCCUUCUCGGGAGGGAUACCUCCAGCCCCAACCUCCUCCCCCUCCUCCGCCGUGUCGGGGGAGGACAGCUGCCUCGUGACAGGGGGCUGGCCCAGCCCGCCCAGGCCCAGGGAGGGGCGGGGCAGGGGAGCCCUAUAAUUGGAGGAGUCCCGGGAUCCCGCAGCCCUGCUCAGACCCCGCGGAGUCCCCGGAAACCCUUCUGCAGCGGCCGGUGAGAUUAGCCGGGUGAGGGAAGCCGUCGGGGCGCAGGGACGAGCGAAGAGGCCUUGGCUGACCAAUCGCAGGUGGGAAGAUGAAGGUCCUGUGGGCCGUGCUGGUGGUCACGCUUCUUGCAGGAUGCCGGGCAGAUGUGGAGCCGGAGCUGGAGGCGCAGGAACCAGCGGUGUGGCAGAGCGGGCAGCCCUGGGAGCUGGCACUGGGCCGCUUCUGGGAUUACCUGCGCUGGGUGCAGACCCUGUCUGACCAGGUGCAGGAAGAGCUGCUCAGCUCCCAGGUCACCCAGGAACUGACGGUGCUGAUGGAGGACACCAUGAAGGAGGUGAAGGCCUACAAGUCCGAGCUGGAGCAGGAACUGGCACCGAUGGCGGAGGACACGAAGGCCCGGCUGGCGAAGGAGCUGCAGGCGGCACAGGCGCGGCUCGGGGCCGACAUGGAGGAGGUGCGCAAUCGCCUGGCGCAGUACCGCGGCGAGGUGCAGUCCAUGCUGGGCCAGAGCGCCGAGGAGCUGCGCGCACGCCUGGCCUCGCACCUGCGCAAGCUGCGCAAGCGGCUGCUGCGCGACGCCGAGGACCUGCAGAAGCGCCUGGCUGUGUACAAGGCCGGAGCCAGCGAGGGGGCCGAGCGCGGCGUGAGCGCCAUCCGCGAGCGCCUGGCGCGCGCAGGCCUGGGGCGAGCGGCUGCGCGGGCGGCUGGAGGAGGUGGGCGGCAAGGCCCGCGACCGCCUGGACGAGGUGCGCGAGCAGAUGGAGGAGGUGCGCCUCAAGGUGGAGGAGCAGGCCGAGGCCUUCCACGCGCGCCUCAAGGGCUGGUUCGAGCCCAUGAUGGAAGACAUGCGGCGCCAGUGGGCCGAUCUCAUCGAGAAGGUGCAGGUGGCCGUGGGCACCAGCAGCCCCGCGCCCAGCCAGAAGCCCUGAGCACCCAGCACCCAGCCCGACCCAACCCCGCCCCUCAGCCAGCCUCACGCCCUGUGCCCACCCCUGCCGGCCUCCUGGAGGGGCCUCGAUUAAUAAAGAUUCACCGAGCCUCGCA